CGUUCCCUGUGAAGAAGAAUCCGUUAUCGGUAGCUUCUGCUUGCAACUUUUAGCCCUUGCUUAUCUCGCUGUUUGAAUUCCGCUUCGAAGUGUUUCAAUUUUUAUUAAGGUGUAGCUUAAACCGAAUCUCUAACGCGUAGUUCGUACAUGCCGCUUACUAUCUAGGCGCCACUCUAGUCAUUUUUUUACCAAAAGUUGAUCUAUUAGCCGGCUUGCUAACUUCCCUCGCGUUGCGCCAUCAUGUCUGGCGGUCUUAUUCGAGGACCCGCGGGGAGUAACGACUGUCGGAUAUAUGUGGGAAAUCUCCCUCCCGACAUACGUUCAAAAGACGUGGAAGACUUAUUUUACAAGUACGGAAGUAUUCGUGAUAUAGAUCUGAAGAACCGAAGAGGAGGACCACCGUUUGCUUUCGUGCAGUUCGACGACCCGAGGGAUGCUGAAGAUGCUGUUUAUGGGCGUGAUGGAUAUGACUACGAUGGCUACCGUCUGCGUGUGGAGUUCCCUAGAAGUGGAAGAGGAGGUGGUGGUGGUGGUGGUGCUGGAGGAGGGGGAGGAGGAGGAGGGGGAAUGGGACCCCCAAGGGGAAGGUAUGGUCCCCCAUCCCGACGCUCGGAGAACAGGGUGGUUGUCUCAGGCCUUCCCCCCAGCGGGAGCUGGCAGGACCUGAAGGAUCACAUGCGGGAAGCAGGUGAUGUAUGUUAUGCUGAUGUGUUCCGUGAUGGCACUGGUGUGGUGGAGUUUGUACGCAAAGAAGACAUGACCUACGCCGUCCGUAAACUGGACAACACAAAGUUUCGCUCCCAUGAGGGUGAGACGGCUUAUAUCCGUGUGAAGAUGGACGGCCCUCGGAGCCCCAGCUACGGUCGCUCUCGCUCUCGUAGCCGCAGUCGAAGCAGGAGCAAGAGUGGAUCACGCAGCUACUCCCCACGCCGCAACAGAGGAUCUCCCCGAUAUUCUCCCCGCCGCUCUCGCUCCCGCUCCCGGUCCCAUUCCCGCUCUCGCUCCCGCUCUCGCACCUAGGCAAGCCUGACCUAAGAGCCAGAGUGGAAAUCUUCACAUUACUCAACGAAUCCUGUGUAUUCAUCAAGGAUCAUCUCGUGUGUCACCUAUGUAUGCUGUCAUGAGUUCAGAGGAACAGGAUAGGAUGGGAACAGAGGAAACAGUUCAUAUUAGGAUAAACAGGAGGAGGAGGAGUCAAAUGUGGCACCAAUGGUAUGAUGGCUGUGCCUUGUCAACUGUGAAAUUAUAAGGCUGUUCAUUUUUUCUUUUUUCAAAAAGCAUAAAUCUGACAAUAGGGCCCAGUUUGAAUGUUUUCAGUAGUUAAGUUUUUUUUUUUUUUUUUUUUUUUUUUUUUGGGGGGGGGGUUUGGUGCUUUUUAUCAUCCUUUAUCAUACAAAGUAAAUCUUUGUAUUUUGGGCUUGAUUAUAGAUGGUUUUCUCCUUUUUUCUCAAAGUAAACUCCCUGGUAGCUGCAUUUAUUUACAUUACUUCAAGCAUUUUCCUGAAGGUGUGAUUCUAACUCGCCUCCUUCUCUUUGGUUCUGCUGGUAUUCUGAAGGUUUGGACUGGGCUCAUUGUCUCACCAUUCCGGAGCUGGAUCAGGAUUCAGGAUCAGUUUAGGAUUAGGCUUCAGGAUGGAUACAUGGAGCAGGAUCAUAGGAGCGUUUUUACCGGGAGAAGAUCCCGACCCCCUGGCCCUGUCCACAUAAACCCAUCAAACCGGAACCAUUGUAGUGCGAUAUUCAGAGAAAAUUGGCUUUCGAAUUUUCCAAAAUUUCCCUUUUUGUGUGGGACCUCACAGACAGACUUACUGGCUACACAGUGCCGCACCGUUUAUUUUUAUUUUUUAAAUAAUUAAAAAGAAGAGAAAAGCAUGGAUCAAAUCCAGGAGGAGGGCUGGGAGGUGCAGGAUGGAUCCACACGCGUAAGGAGUGGUAAAUAGUGGAAAACCGUUACCAGUGGAGGAGGGAGGGAGGGGUGAAGAGGGAAGUCUGGGAGGAGACAAGGGAUCGUAACUUUAAUGUGGUUUGUAUCUUUUUUUCUUUUCUUUUGUUUUUCUUUUUGGUCCAGUUUUUUUUUUUUUUUUCUAGCGGUGGCUGACUUCUGGUUUUCUUACACAUGAUCUCGAUUAUCUCAAAGCUUUAUUCUCUUUUAAUAAAACGUUCUACAACAUUA